UGUAGAAAAUAUAUGUUUAUUUUCAAAAUGUUCAAACCGUCAACAGAUGUUAGUAAUAUUAUUAAUGUGUUGUAUUUGUCAUAGAACAUGUGAGUCUUGACUGUGAUAUCUAGCAGUGUUUGAUGUUCACUUUAAGACCCGACUGAAGACGGAAGGAGCUAAAAUAUUCACAGUGCAAGAUUGUUGAACAUGAAACAAAAUAAUAAAAAGUCAUCCUGUUGUUGUUUUCUUCUUUCAGUGAUUCACACGCUGCAGUAUUUCCACACUGCGUCCUCUCAAGUUCCAAACUUCCCAGAGUAUGUGAGUGUUGGUUAUGUUGAUGGAGUUCAGAUUUCUCACUAUGACAGCAACAGCAGGAAAGCAGAAGCCAAACAGGACUGGAUGAACAAAAUCACAGCAGAGGAUCCAAAAUACUGGCAGAUACAAACAGAGAUCAGUGUUGGUAGUGAGUUGACUGACAAACACAACCUUGAAGUUCUUAAGAAGCUUUUCAACCAAACUGGAGGUGUUCACAUUCUCCAGUGGAUGUUUGGAUGUGAAUGGAAUGAUGAGACUGAUGAAGUUAAAGGUUGGCAUCAGGAAGGUUAUGAUGGAGAAGAUUUCAUAUCGUUGGACAUGAAGACAUGGACAUUUACUGCAGCAAAACAACAAGCUUUCCCCACCAAACUCAAUUGGGACCAGAACAAACAUCUACUAGAUGACAAGAAGUUUUACUACACUGAGAUAUGUCCUUCUUACUUGAAGAAGUAUGUGAACAAUGGGAAGGAGGUCCUAAUGAGAACAGAGCUUCCAGAGGUGUUCCUGCUCCAGAAGACGCCGUCCUCUCCGGUCAGCUGCAUGGCGACAGGUUUCUACCCCGACGGUGCCGACCUGUUUUGGAGGAAAGACGGCGAGCAGAUCUUCGAGGACGUGGAGCACGGAGAGAUACUCCCCAACCACGACGGAACCUUCCAGAUGUCGGUGGCGCUGAAAGUGGAGGUGACGGCCGACGUGGAGGGCAAGUACGAAUGUGUGUUUCAGCUGUCAGGCGUCAAGGAGGACUUGGUCACCAAGCUGGAGAGAAGAAGCAUCCUGAGCAACGCAAGCCCUUGA